AUGAAUGACGAUCCGAGCAACAAUGCCUGGUCUAUGCCAUUCACCUAUCCAAAUGAUCAGACUCAGGCGGACCAUGGCCAUCUCAUGCCUACUGGAGCCUACGGGGUCAGCUCAUCGCAACCCAGUCCAUCGUCGAUUCCCUCCCUCGAGUCUCCUGCGAUUAGUAUAAGCCCCUCGGAGGACAUUCUUCCCCCAGACUUUGGAAUCCCUCUCUUCCCCGAGCCUCCAACCAACCUUUUAGCAGGGGUCCAGGCUCCAUUCAACAGCGAGAUUCCUUUAGCCGCCACGGCCAACUACGACACCGCAACUGACCCGCUAUACUUGGCACCUAAUGUCCAGCCAUCAAACGAAAUAUACCCGGAUCAACUCAAGCACGCCGUGGAUAACCUGAUGAACACAGUCCAGAGCGUCGUACUGCAGCGUCGCGUACCCCAGUUACACGAUGCCAAAGACUUCCUGCGAGUCUCCUGGAACAGGCUGGAUGGAAUGAUCCAGCAGCAGAUCGACAUAUCCGAAAGGCUGGCCGAGCCCGGCUCCAGGAUUAACAAGUAUUUGUGUCUGCUCUGCCCGAGUGGGCAGCGCAAACAGUUCACCACCCGUGCCUCAUUCCGGCGGCAUGUUUCCUAUGAGCACUGCCCUCGGUUUAUCUACCGUUGUCUGGAUGACCAUUGCGCGUGGAAGACGAGCCGCAAGGACAAGGUUCACUCGCACUUGCGAAUUGCUCACGGGUUUCGGUGGCGAGCCACCCGGGAGCAGAUCAAUAUUAUCGAGACUCGCAUGCGGCCACCCCGUGCAUGUGGCCUGUGUUCCAGGCCUGUGGACUCAUGGGAAGGCUACUUCAAGUGUGUUUCGGAGCAUUGCCGGUUAUCAGGAAGCAGCUCGACGAGCACCAGCGCCAGUCAGAGUCGGCGAAAUAGUGAUGACCGUGGACGAGGUAGUGGAGGUCCUGGCCAUGGCCCUAAUGAAUUCCAGUUUCCGGGAAGUGGCUUCGGAGCGAAUGAUGGGCAUGCUUCGUCUGCCUCUGGGAAUGGCAGUAUGGGCUCGAGCUUUUUCGGCUCCGGGUAUCACAACAACCAGUAUGCGGAUGGAGCAACUCAUGGUGUGAGCAGCUCAGAGCUGGCAACUCACAUGCAGAGUCCUUCCAACUCGGAUCUAAUCGCUGAGCUCGAAUCACCAGACCCUCUAUCGGCCGAGGAACCGCUUUCUGGCGGUAAUUUCUGUGCUAAACGAACAAGUCUUACAAAUCAGCAUCGGUCGAUGAUCGAGGCGAUGGGGUCGACCAAUUGUAGACAACGACACAUGGUGGACUCUAUCUCUAACAUCCGAGAGCGGCCACCCAAUACCUCUGCACCCAGACAGCCCGUUGUGAGGGGCGGUCUAGCUGAUGCGGCGCAGAGCAAGCUUCCUGAUGGCCAAGAAGAGCUUCCGCGAGACCGAGAUGAGGGUGCUCUAGAAAAGAAGUGCAACACCUGUGGCCAUGUUUUUGACUCAUGCACACAGUGCCGCCAUUCAGAUACUCUUACUGGAAAAUGCCAUCAAUGUGCACAUCGGGCUCGCGUCAAAGCAGGCGUCCUAGACAUGCAGACAUGUCGGAACACCGGCCGGGCUUUUAGUGAGACUAACCAGGACGUUUCGGCCUUCGCUAUCAGGAAUGCAACUUUGUCGCUAUCAUCGACCCGUGAUGAACCAAAUCAGGCUAUCAGCCCUUCUAGCUCUCAUGGUAGAUAUCUACCUGGUGGAGCUUCUUCGGUUUUUCAUGUGUCUAUUGUAUCGUUGGAUCACACCACGGCCAAGCCAGAUGACAAGAGCCACAAGCAUCGCUCAUCAAGGCCGCGGCUCUCUCUAAUAACGAAAAUCUUGCUUGAUACCAAUCAGGCAUUGUCGGCCAAAGGUAUUUCCCACGAAGCACACGCAAUCGACGUCCAUACUCAGAGGAGAUGCCUACCGAUGAAACUGCAUGAGCCGCCGAUGCUCGAAACAGCGACUGUAGGUCGAGGGAUGGCGGAUAUCACAAUCCGCAAAGAAGAACCUGACCUAUCUGAUGAUAGAGAGGCAACAUGCGACGAUUCAUACAUCUGCACGCCGCGUGAGAUGACGCUACCGAUUUAUCAUAUGUCGAGCCACGCAACACUACGUGUGAUGUUCAGUUCGUUAUCUGGCAUACUAACUCACCAAAGAGAGCCUAAGCAAGGCACAUCGAUUGAAUCACUGACUCUUGAAGUCACUGACUGCUCGCGGAGUUGGCUUUGCGAGCCACCUCUACAGGAGACGAGGCUCCCUCGACUGACCAAAGAACGAGGCACGCGUAAGAAAGGCACCACCAUGCUACGCGCACGGCUCCACAUAGUCGUCGAGCUGCUUGCACUUCACGCAAUGGCUAUCAAGCGACGGUCCCAGAGAAAGUGCUUGGUUCAUGAUGCUCAUGAAUCCGAGGUUUUUGAUUGCUCGACUCCUGACACCUUUCCUGAGCUGGCAAGCUCAGUUGACGUUGUCUCGCCGCUUUUCGACGCUGUCAUAGCGUUGGACACCUUUGCUAUGGUGAACAUUGUGUCCUCGUGGAUUACAACCGUCGUUCCCGAGACAGAUAUAGAGGGACAGGUGGAGCUGAUGAUGAUUAUGUGGUCGUAUAUUUUUAUGAUCCUCGAGAGCAGCCCGAUAGCUUUGCGUCUCCAGAGUUGA